CGAACAUGUUGAUUCCCUUCAAGAAUUAUUUAAUAGCAUUCCAUUCACUCCGAUUUCUUCCAUCUUCAUUCACUUGAUAAAUGCGGCGCUAGUUGCGUGGUCCUCCCUGAUGUCCUGAGGUCCCUUCUUCCGUCACUAUCAUCAUCCUCUUCCACUCCUCGCCGCUGCCGUCCUGGGUACUCUUAGUCGCGACUCUGCGAAUUUCUCCAAAGCCCUCCCUUUCCAAAGCCAGCACAAGACACUUUUAGAGAUGUCCAGGCCCGCGACAAAAGUAGCUGCGGCUACGAACAGACCUUCUGCAAAUAGCACACACGAUGCGACCGCUAGAGCUAUAUUGGACGCAUCUGGGAUCUUGCAGACGCUACAGGGACAUGUGGAUGAUCUCCGUAACCUUUUGCAGUGCGGAAUCUGCAUCCGGCCUCUUUACGAACCCUUUACUCUUGCUUGCGGACAUACCUUCUGUUAUAGCUGUUUGACGUCGUGGUUUGGGGAUGGGAAGUCAAGCAAGACAUGCCCGGACUGUCGAGCUUCGGUGAAAUCCCAACCAGCUCCUGCUUAUCUUGUUCGUGCGAUGGUCCAGUUGUUUACGAGCCGUGCCGAGCUUCUGGAAAAAGAGGAGACAACGGCGGAGCAUCGACGCUGUCAGCAAGAAGAAGCCCGAAAACUGGAAAGGGACAAGACCGACCUCAAUCCCAAAACGGGAGGCCUAUUUCAUGGGAUAUUCAAAGAGAAGCUACCAGCCGCAAGGCCUAUUAUCGACCUUGAAGAUGACGUCGUUCGCUGUCCACAUUGUAACUGGGAACUUGAGGAUGGAGGAACAAGCUGCGAACGAUGCGGAUUCCGCGACGACUCUGCGUCGGUGACUGCGACCGAGUCCGGAGCUGGUUGGACGGACUCUGAAGAGAAUUCGGAUAUGACUGAUUAUAUGGAUGAAGUCGAGGAUGGAUUCGAUGACGCGGAUGACGAUUUUCACUUCCAUGACUUCUACGGACUACCAUUUGAUUUCCAUCCAUUAGAUGAUCUCCGGGGCCGUAAUUGGUAUCACGACCCGACCAGACCCCGCAAUGGCCCCUACGGUUUGCCAUUCAGCGACACUGCUUCUACCCACGACGAAAGCGAAGAGGAUGAAGAUUUCGAGGAUGACGAAAUGGCUUCUUUCAUUGAUGAUGAUGAGCACGAUGACCAGGAAGAAAGCCACCAUGACGAUGAGCAAGAUUACGACUCGCAAUCGGACCGGUCGACGGUAGUUGGUGGGCCUGGCUAUAGUCUUAGAGACCUUCACGACGGCAUACAGAUUGGGUCUGAUGUCUCAACUUCUGGCGCUUCAGGUUCUCAUGUUGAAUCAGUAGGAGAGAAUAGCUCUGAGGAUGACGAUGACGAUGAUGAUGAUGAGGAUCCCAUCAGACCGCCCACUGUGGGUAAUCGACGUCGGGGAGCACAACAACCUAACAGGUCGGGGUCAUCGAGCAAUUUCCGUCCUGCUCUCGGGUUGCUUGAUUCUAUAGACCUGAGAAGCCUAAACCAGCGCUCUUUCGCCUGCAGCCGCGAGAAUCACAACAACCAAGGUACCCAAACCACGGGAUCGAGUGCCCAGAAUGCAGUUCAAAUUGACGACGACUCGGACGAAGGACCUGUUAGACCGACAAGAAGGACAAGAGGCAGGAUGAAUUGCUUAUGACUGAAGACAUCUGGCUAUUUCUGGAUGGCGGUAGAAUGCUCUAUGUCAGCGGAUGCAUUGGUUUCUCAAUGGUGUAUCGACUAUCAGUAUCAUCUUCUGCAAAGACAAUGGCGUAGUAAGACAAAUGCCUUUGUUAUAACUGCUUUGACUUAUUAAUUCAAUUUAAUAAGUCCUAUGAAACCUUAACCAUUGCAGGCAUUCGACAGUUUAGAGUCUUAACUGUUGGAGAGAAAUCAAAUAGACAGGCGCUUGGGCAAGAUAGAAGAGCUCGCUGGUCCCUUUGCCUGAUUUUUUUCUGCUCCUCUCUAUCUUAAUAUAUGUUCCGCCUUGGUUAGGCUGAAAGAAUGUUUCCAGGUAUACAUUGUGGCAGUCAUCAGUUAUUGCAGGUUAAGUAGUCCUGUCACAAUUCUUUGAUAAGUUACACCUUUCUUGUCAGCCUCUGAUUUCCAUGUCGCUUUUGUAAGGUCGUUAGAUAAUAAUGCCAAUUUGUAUCAUUCCUACGGCCCUACUCUUGUAUGCAGGUAAAAGACCACAGAAUACAAUAAGAAAUG